CACAGCUGAAGAGGAAAGAUGGAGAUGCCUGCUUGUCGUGCUGCUGUGCUUUUCCUCCUGCUUCUCUCUCAGGCCCUGGUCACUGUUCAGUCAGAGGAGGAGGAGGAGGAGGCCAUCCAGGAGCAGGACCUGCAGGAGGAGGACCAGCAGGUGAUCGAAACCUGGAACACAAAAGCGAAAGCCUGCACCUGUGACUGCGAAUCUGCACGCAUCCCUGCUGUCAUCCCACCUGUUCCCCCGACCUCGCUGCCACCGCCGCCACCAUCUCAAAGUCACCUGCUGAACUGCAUGCCAGAAUGCCCAUACCACAGACCACUGGGAUUUGAAUCUGGAUCUGUGACCUCAGACCAAAUCAGCUGCUCCAGUCAGGACCAGUACACCGGCUGGUACUCCUCCUGGAUCCCUAACAAGGCUCGCCUUAACAACCAGGGCUUUGGGUGCGCAUGGCUGUCCAAAUUCAACGACCAGUACCAGUGGAUCCAGAUCGACCUGAAGGAGGUGAGCGUGGUGUCUGGUAUCCUCACCCAGGGCCGCUGCGACGCUGAUGAGUGGAUCACUAAAUACAGCAUCCAGUACCGCACUUUGGAAACUCUUAACUGGAUCUACUACAAAGACCAGACUGGAAAUAACAGGGUCUUCUACGGAAACUCCGAUCGCUCCUCCACGGUACAAAACCUGCUGCGCCCGCCUAUUGUGGCUCGUUAUAUACGCCUGCUGCCGCUGGGCUGGCACACUCGCAUCGCCAUGAGGAUGGAGCUGCUGAUGUGCAUGAACAAAUGCUCCUGAAGUGUUUCUUACCUCACCGACCAUCAUUCCCCUGCCAACCCUGCCACUUGCCAAAAGGGGAAUAUUUGUGUAACAUUGUAAGAUCCUUUGAUACAAGUCUAGUUUGUCCCCAUUUGGUGAGGCUCACAGCUCUCUGGGCAGGUGGACAUCUCUGGUGUCCUCUGAUGGAUUGUCUGUAUUAAAGUUUCCAAAAGCGCAUUGUGCUGUUACGUAAACACCAAAGUGUUCCAGCUCAAAAUGAAAUUUGUCACCUUCAAUAAAGCAGUUAUUAACUGCGUCAGGAAAUAAAAAAGCUUCUACAUGUUCAGAGUCAAAUCAAACGGGCUUGUUUUAUUUGAGAUUUACUGUUACAUAUGUAAACAUGAAUAAUCUAAAAUCGUUAAGCAUUCAUCUGUGAGUUUAUGCUGUCAUGUAAAUGCUCUGUUGGAAAAAAAAGCAGAUAAACACUGACUAUGCUACUAAUUUGUGUCUGUAAUAAAAGCACAAACUUAAUACUUGAUUUCAUUUAAACAGUUGAUAAACAUCCUCUGUUAUAAAUAUUACCAAACAAGUAGUCACACAUCAGUAUUAAUAUAAUACACGGUGCUCCUUCAGCGAAACAAUAAUCCAAAGGGAGAAACGUAUUGUGUCAAGUACAGAGUGUGCAGUCCUUACAGAUGCACCACACACAAUACGACACGGUCAUGUCUGGGCUCAGCGUGUUACAGCAGGAGCCGGCUGGCCCCCCCCCCUCCCUCGUCUUUCAAUAUUCACACACUGCGCACACGAACAUGAAAGUGAGGAAGAAUUUACAGAGCAAUAUUGCUGAGCCACGUAGUCUCUUCAAAGUGCAACAUUAAAAAGGUUAGGAUGUAUUUCUGCCAAGCUACUCUCAUGGCACUUUAUUUCCAACAGAAAAACAACGUUACAGUACAGAUUCUGCCCCCCCGUUGCCUUUCCAUUUUAAGAUUUCUCCAAAGCUCAUCCCAAGUGGUUCAGUGUGUGCAAACAGUUAAAAAUACAGCAGUACAGUGAUUCCCAACCAGUGCAAGGAUGCUGCAGCUGAAAAAAUAUUACAGCUGUGGAAAGAAACGGGCGAACGGUUAAUGUUAGAGGAAAGCCAACCUCAGUCAGAAAACAGGGGGGCGAUGGAGAAAUGGCUAAAGAAAGAAAAAGCCAGAGUACAUCGAUAAUCGGCUUCAAUUAAAAGAGAAAGAGAAGAAGAAAAGAAACUGUUGCAAAAAAUAAAAAAUAUAACGGCUAAAGUUCAACUAACAGCUGGAACGGCUAAUAGUGGAAUAAUGGUUGAACACAGAGAAAUAGCUGAAUGUGAAAAAUAGUUCUUGGACCAAUGAACAAAGUAGCUUAAAGUAUUUAAUAAAUGGGAAAAUAGCAGCUGGAAAACACUAGCUGAAAAAGCUGGAGCUUUUAAAUGGAUGGUUAGGUGGAAGUAAUUAAAAUAAUGGAUAAAUAGUUGAAACAGCUAAGUCUAAACCCAAAACAAAAUUAUUAUUUACCCUCAAUAAACAUGAAGUAAUAAUUUGGAGUAAAAUGCAGCUGAAAUUAAUAAAAUCAAAGGUUUAAUUACUCAUAUAAUUGAUAUUUAAGGAAAAUGUGCUUGGUAGAAAAACCGAAUGUAUACAAAUCAAGUAAAUGGAUGUCUGAAUGGCAGAAACAUCUGGUCAGUCAGUCAGUCUGGCUAAAAGGGUUACUAAAAGAGAUGCCGUUCCAUUAUCCUAAUAUUGACAGUUUAAGUAUAUUAAACAAAGAAAACUUGUAACAUCCACUUUUAAAUAUUGUAAUGUGUGGUGUUAAAUCGCUAACAGGUGGAGGAGAAACAGUGGUGCUUGGGUUAUUUUCACAGGCUGGGAGUCAUUGUACCGCAUACACCCAGAAUGGCUUAUGUGUUCCUCUAACUGCUGUUACCUUCUAAAAAAUAAAGAAAUCUACAUUUACAGCAGUUAAACUUUAAAUGAGUUUUUUUGGGUGCAUUUCUGCAUGUUUUUAACUGGCCAGACAAGCAGAACCACUUGGAAGUUAAAAAAAAAAAAAAAA